AUGGAUGCCGCGGCAUAUCGUCGACUUCAACACCGCAUGGAGUCCCGUGGCCGAGCGGCUAGCAGCCACUCCACGUGUGAUGUGUGUGGUUACCACUGCAGCUGCCCACCACAUGUGCGGCGCGAAGGCCACGGUGAUGAUGAUCGUCUCCGCGGCGCUAUUGGUGACGGUCGUCGCCCGACUCGUGGCGCUGCCUCCUCAGUGGCUCCCAACGCGCAAGCGUGGCUGCUGCAGCGAGUGCAAGGCGUGGAAGUAGACAUCACCAACGGCGGCAUAGAUCACCGUCGACAUGUAUCGUGUUGCUGCUCCUGCUGUAUUGGGUACCACCACUUGUUUCACGCACGACACGGCUGCAGCGGUAGUGUUUGUGGGAGAGUGGAGGAACGUGAAAAGGGGGAAAGGGGAGACUCGUUGAAGGAGUCGUACGCGAGACGCUCGUGUUCGCCAAAGAGCUCGGCAGGCGUAUCACAUUCACCCAUGGCGGCGGCACACACCCACACGAAGUCUGUGGAGACUGACUUGGGGGAUGCCGCGUUGGCCGGCAACGCGCGGGAUGCCCAGCGGGGCCUGACAUUCAGGCCUUCUAGGUCGUCUCUUACGGUCUCGUCGUUUAUUCGCCUGGCGGAGUCCGUGCCGUCGCAUUUUUCGUCUGUGGGUGAAAAUAAAAGUAAUGAGGGGGGCGGUUGCCAGCCACCCCAAGACAGUACACCGCCGCAUGAAUACGGAGACGUGUCGAAGGGGAGCACGGAGGUGCGUCAGCCACUCCGCAGAGGCACACCCUCCCUUUUGCCUGUUGCUCUGUCAGCAGGACAGACAGCGGCACGGCAGAGUCUGCAGUCAAUUCCGCACCCGGCCUCUGUGGCCUCACCGCAAAAGAUACCGUCUCCAAAACGACAAGGCACGGAAGAUAUUUCAGCCGACACCUCGAAGGUAACUAUUGAUGCAUCUGCCGUUACGCAUCACGCGCACACCACCGGGAUUGCACCGAUCGUUCAUAUGAGCGGCUUCACUCUUGGUAGCCUGCCAAAUGUUAGUGUGUCAUUUUCCAUGCCGCAGCCUAGCAGUUCACAUGUAGUAAACUCCCCACCAUCUGACUGUGUGCCAGUAGUUGCACACCAAGUUUCUUUUUUGGAAUCAUCCGCCUCCCCACAAACUUCGACGCCAGUCCCCGCGGCCACACCCGUUGUGCAGCCAACGCCGAACACCUUGUCGGAAGCCGCAGGAGCUGCAAUGACUUCGGCAGGGACAGCACAAACUUCGACGCCGGUCCCCGCGGCCACACCCGUUGUGCAGCCAACGCCGAACACCUUGUCGGAAGCCGCAGGAGCUGCAAUGACUUCGGCAGGGACAGCACAAACUUCGACGCCGGUCCCCGAGGCCACACCCGUUGUGCAGCCAACGCCAAACACCUUGUCGGAAGCCGCAGGAGCUGCAAUGACUUCGGCAGGGACAGCACAAACUUCGACGCCAGUCCCCGCGGCCACACCCGUUGUGCAGCCGGCUCUAGUGGCGGGAACUCCUGAACCAACGCCUGCGGAUGUUAUGAAUGCGCUGCGAGAGAAGUUGUUGUUGGAAAAGGCCGACGCCUAUGUGCGCAACUUGGAGCAGCAGCGGCUGGAGGAAAAGCUUGCUUACGAACAAGAAGAGCAGCGGGCUUCGAAAACCUAUGGACAAAUAUUGGAGCUGUUGGUCCGUCUUCGUCAGGACGACCAGGAAAUGCUGGAGGCGAUGUAUGAAAACAUAUUAGAGCCUGUGGAAGCCCCUUUUUCCAGCCCGGCAUCUGCCGUACAACGAUUGCCUACUCCUCUCCAAAGAAGGACGGAACACACAAUACUGUCACAGCCCAAUUUGUCACCGUUUCCGGCGGAAGUGAUGACCGCCUACAAGAUGGACGCGGGGAAAAAGGCGCAGUCGGCUCCACAGCCGAAACCGAAAGCGCCAGUCCAGGCGGAAUUACCGCCCCCACUACCACCGCCGCCAUUGGUCUACACCGCGCCACCAUCUCCGCGAGUAUCAACGGCCACGGCGCCAUCGAUACCCGAGUUGAGACACGAGCUGCCAGAAGCACCACCAUUUGCGUCCAAAGGAGUACCAUGGGGAUCGGCAGAAGGGACGAUGAAGGCAUGGGUGGACAAGCACUUUGGAUCUUCUUUGGAUCCACAGCACCGUGCGCUCCUGCAGCAUGUAUUGCUUUCGAGAGAGGCGGAGAUACGGCGGGUGGCAGCUGCCGAAUCCCAAUGUAAAAAACUUGAAGCACAAAUUCUUGGUGCUAAAAACUUCGUUCCACCAUUGGCUGUUGAAGAGACUGCUCGAGCAAACUUGAGUCAGUGGCAGCAGGAACGAGAUAGAGAGUUAAACCAGGCACUCAGUCUAAUUUAUGCAAAAGAAGAAGAGCUCAUGGCAGUUCGAAAGGCGCAGGAAGAGCAGAAGGCAAAGUUAAAUGAACUGACACGGUUAAUGCAAACACAUUCCGUGCAGUCGGAAGUUCUUGGAGCUCAAGAAGAAAAAGAAGAGCUGCGUCGGUGGAAGAUGCGCUGCGACGCUAUCGAGCAACAGCACCGAUUCAGUGUUCAGCGCCUGGAAGAGCUACAGGCGUACAUUGAGCAGUUACGAAAUAGUGCUCAACAGGCAGUUAUGAAUGUCGUCUCUUCGAGCGCGGCUGCUCGGCCCCUGCCGUCAGACAUGAGAGGCGCACAACUGUCUUCUGUGAAUGCCUCGCGGCCAACUUGUUGUUUGGAAACGGCUUCACAGCAUAGUACUGUCCCCCUUGCUAAGCCGUCAUCUGCCCCUCGUUAUUUUUCACCACCACGAAUGACUGACGGUGCAUUUGUGGCGGCGGCGCCACAACGAGAGAGCCCUGCCGCAGACGCAUCGAAUGCACCCCAACCUUGUUUGGACGCCGCUCCUCCUCCUACUGCCGGUUUGGAUCGCGCGGCGGCGUUGAAGCAGCUUCGCGAGGAAAUGGAUUUGGAGUGUGCUCGAUUUGCCAAUGAGACACAACUCUGGCACGAGUAUCUAAAGCAUCAAGAAGAGAGACGGUUACAGCUGCACGGUCGAUGA